AUGACUUACAAUAGAUGCCCUAGACAUUGUAUCAUUCAAUACUGCAAUCUGUUGGACCACCUAACACCUGCAAAUUUCAUACGGUGUCCAUAUCUAAACACGGAACACCUACAUGAAGUCAGAGAGGAAGAUGCUACUGUUUGGACUGCAUGCGUCUCGAUCAUCAGAUUCACAACUGUGGAGAUGCACAACAGUUACCGUGUCAAACUACAAUUUGGAAUGCAUCAAAACAUCCCAGAUCCUUCUAUUGACAUCAGUAAAUGGCAUCUAAAAAGAGUUAAUGAUCAAUGGGAGUUUCCCGACUGGAAGGAUUUUGCAAAAUCUGAGCAUCGUAAAUGGAUGAACCGCAACACCCAUGUCUUACUUGACAAGGUGAUGGCAACCCCGUCUAUACCAACUAUUAAUUAUAUGGCUUGGUACAGAUCGGUUGCAACUGGGUUUGUCUCCGAAGACAGGUAUUUAUACGACCCACACCAAACCACCUACAGAUAA